AUGGAAUCUAUCACAGUUGAGCCAGCGCAAUACGACGUCCUGUUCAAGGAUCAGGACUUUCCUGGCCCACUACCAACACCAAAUGAUAUUGAGAGCGGGGAGCCAUUGCCAGAAAAUCGGACUUUCUGUGACAAACUUGUCAGGAUCCGAGGCGAUUUUAUUAUGAAGUAUGGCCCUGAGGUACAACCUAUAGAGGCUCAUAAUAUGCUUUACGUCGCGAAAAACACUUCACUGGUGGUACCCAAAGUCUAUGCUAUUUAUCAAGGGAAAGAAACACCCCGAAACUUCACGUAUAUCCUCAUGCAACAUAUACAGGGCAAAACCCUUAAGGAUCUAUGGCCUGAACUUGACGGCACAAGAAAGACUUCUAUCGCCAAGACGCUUCGCGCUUCAUUCCAACAGCUUCGGCAGUUACAACACCCAGGAUAUUUCGGCGACAUCAAUGGCGGACCACCACUGGACGACAUGUUUACACACACCACAGCGGGCGUCGACAAUGUCACGUCACCUAUUGCGACCGAAGAAGAGUUGAUAAACUUAUUUGUUCGAAUCUUCGAUAUCGAAACUGGAACAUGGUCGGAGAACCUAGCCAAAUAUUACCAGCAUGUUCUACCAACUGUUCUUCACAGCAAUAAGGCUCCCGUCUUCACGCAUAAUGAUUUUCAGAGGAAGAACAUCAUGGUGCAAGAUGACGGGACUAUUGUCAUUAUUGACUGGGAAUUCUCGUCCUGGUUACCCGUCUACUGGGAAUACUCGACCGCCAUGUUUGCUAAUGGGGGCUGGAGGGACGACUGGGGUGAAUACUUGCGAAUAAUUUUGGAUGAAUAUCCUAACGAGGCAGUUUGGAUAUGCCAAAUUAAGACUCAGAUGUGGAGUUGA